AAGUACGGGUCAAUGUAUAAAUGUGCCAAUUUUCCCGUUUUUAACCCAAAGUGCACGAUUUUUUGCUUAACCGCCCGCUAUAACUUUUAGUAUUGUUCCAUGAUUCCGUAUAACCUUAUUUAGAGGGCUUAGGCUGUGAGGUUCUAAAGUUAAUUCAGUUCACCUGAAUAUAACACAAAUAUUUAUGUGCGCUGUUCGAUUAUUCCGUAGUUAUUCAGUAACAGCGUUUCUCGUUUUCUCUUCUCCGCUCAGUUUGAUUGUUUGGGUACAUUCUCACGUUGGAAUUUAUUGGUAGCGUUUGAGCAAUCGUGGCAACGCCAAGGGAAUAGGGCAUUUUAAUUAACAAAUGCUGAUAAUAAGCAUAAUAAAUUUUCAGAGUAAGGUUCGUUCAUUUUGGGAUAGGACGUAGAACCACUUUCCCGACUAGGUUUUAAAUAAAAUUAUUAUAAAUAUUGAUUAAUAACACGGGUUGAUGAUGGCUACAGGUCGUCUUCCUCCUGUUCAACGUGUUGGAGCAUCUCAAUUUGAUGUCACAGAAAAGGAAGAGUGGAAGAAAUUAUUACAGAUUCAACAGCACUUGUCAGUAACUGCUCUUCGCUCAUCAGUCUUUAAACCAAACUUUACUAUUAAUGAUAAGAAAACCAUUACAAAAACUGUUGAAACUGAAUUUAAUACCAGAAGACUUUGCUGCAGUGUUACAUCCUUGUUUGGUGAUCAGAAAAUAUUCUUAAAGUCAUGUGAAGCUUUAGAAAGACUGGCAAAAGUUUUACAAGGGGAUUUUUAUGUUUCAGCUGAACCUGCUUGGGUUAGUGAAUCCGAAAACUUAGUAAAAUUAACUGAAAAUGAGAUCAAGCAUAUAACUCAAUUACAUUGUCAGCUUAAAACUCUUCUUACUAAGCGAUGUUUUUCUGGCAUUAGAAGAGAAUGUAUCUUGUGCAUGAGGAAAGCACUAAAAUUUAAAUUAGAGACAGAAAUGAUAGCACUUAGUGAAUGGAAGAAACUAUUGUGUGUGAAUAGUGGUGUUACAGGAAAUAUAAACUUACAUUUAUGUUAUACUCCUGAUUGGAUGAGAGAGGUGGAUUCACAAGUUAAUAUGUGGCUGUCACUAUUGAGAACUGCCAAUAGGAUGUUAGGGAUAGUAUAUUUACAAUGGGAGCCGGCACUAGAAAAUUUACUUACCAGUACCAGUAGGUUUUUAUCAAAAUUAGUAAAUGAAAUUCUUCAUUGGGUUCAGCACAUCCUGUCUAUAGAUCUAAUACUGUUAUGCCAGAUGGAAAUUUUUUGGCUCACAUCUGACAUUCUCCAUGUUUUGUUUCAGUCUUUCGAGAGACUAUCAAAACUUCAAACAGAGUUUUACAAGACAGUUUCACCAAUUGCAUCUGUUGUUUGUUUGGAGAGGCCUUACUGUGAACUGUGCAAAAAAGAUGCCAUUUCAUUUUCUAAUGUAUUUAUUUUGCUAGCCACUCAACAAGCUCAGCUCUCAGCAAAGAAAGUAGCAAGUUAUCUGGUAUUUCAGGUUAAAAAAAACAAACCUGAGAAAGUCAGUAGUUCAAGUAAGUCAAAAACAGUAGAUACUUCUGACUACUGUAGUGCAGAAGGAAGUGAAGUGAAUAAGUUGGAGAGUUACACCAAACGAGAAACUGGUGAAAAUCAAAGUGAGAAGCUAGGAAAGGACUUAGUUGUUUCUGUGUCGUCUGUUUUACAUACAAUUACUCAUUGUAGUCAAACUUUGCUGCUAAAGUUUCUGUUUGCAUUUUCAUGUGCUCAGACAUCCCAGUCUUAUCUGGACACACUAAUUGAAGGACAACACUCAACCAAACUCCCUGUGAUGCGAAAAAAGUGGCAGAAGAUUCAGAACAACUCAGGAACAGAGAGUUGUACUGAGAUGGAACAUUCAUACUGGAAAGAAUAUUGGAAGCAAUUUGGUAAUCAGCUCUUGUUAUAUUUGACCAAUGCCCAGCCACAUGAGAUGGAAAUACCAGAUAGAAUUGAUAUAUGGAUUUUCCCAAAGAACCUAGUCUUUCCCCUGAUACAAGACUUAAAAGAGACAAAAGAAGAAAAAGAGCUUAAUACAGAAACUAUCCAUGUAGUGAAUGAUGUUUAUUGGGUGCUAGUGUGGGAAACAUGCUUGAGCCAGUGGCAGCAUCGAAUCUUCCAAUUCUUGGUUGCUUCUCAGCAAAGUAGAUUUUCUGCUGUUCCUUUAGAAAGUGAAGGAGUUAGUAGUGACCCUGGAAAUAUUGUUUUUAGAGCCUUAGAAGAGUUGUUUUUUUAUAUCAAAGAGAUGAAAGUGCAACAACUAGAAAGUUAUUCAGUUGCUUGUGUCACUGCAGUGCAGUUGCUCAAGGCUACUUUGGAUCAGUUUCUGGUAUGGAGUAGACAGAAACUGGAGGCAACUUUGACUUCAUGGAAAGUUUGUGAAUAUCUUCUUAUCGGAUGCUCUGAUAUAAAAAGGGUGUGCCACUUGUUAGAUUCUGUCAAGAAUAUAAUAGAUUCAUUGAACAGCAAACAAACUAAUAGGCCAGGUACUACAUUGUGUCUUACCUUGAACAAGGAACUAGAUGACCAGAUUCAAAGACUUAAGGUUAUUGAAAUGCAUAUAGCUGAAUGGUUUUUGAUACAGUGUAGUAAUGUUACCGUUUCUAUCUUCAAAGAAUCCUCACAAUCAGUUAAAAUGUGGAGAAAAAAUAAAACUACAACUAAAGGAGUGGGAUCGUACAUCAAUGAGAUAAUAUUGGAGAUCUUAAAACCCACAGUGGAAACUCUGUCUUUGCUUCCAGUAUCUUCUCAGGCAGAUAUUGUAAGAGCCACCAUUAAAGCUAUCAUUCAGGCUUGGCAGUCAUACAUGUACAGCUGCAAAAUAUGUUUCAGUGUUGCAGGUGGUCUUCAACUGAAGCAAGAUCUUCAAUAUAUCUGCAACUGGAUGUGGAAAUCUUCAUUAAAUUGUCAAGUUAUUGAAGAAGUCAUGACCUGUGAGAAACUGCUCAAAUUUUCAGCUUUGACUGAUUUCCUAGCUACUCCUGAACACAGGAAAGUGCCACUGAUUAGCAGGCAGAAUCAUGUUGUUCCUGUCUCUCUAGAAAUAGGAUCAAUGUCCAUUUUGUCUGAGUCUAACCAAGGAAGACUUCCUAUUAAAGAUUUAUCUGAAGAAGAGAAAGAGCAAUGGCGUCCUUUAAAGAAAAAAUCCACUACAGUGUGUGGAUGGUGUACUUUUUAUUAGUGUAAAUAAAUUAAUAUCUAAUCAUGACCAUAAUGAA